GGUGUUUUACCAAUCUAAUCUUUGACGCUAAAGGACAGGCCGCUAACCGGAUGUGACGUUUUUGGCGCGAAACUUCAAAGGAAUAAACAGAACAAGAUUUAGAAGUGUUUUGUUGCUAUUAAGGAUUGAAAAUGAGUAAAAAAGAUUCAGCUGCUGCAGAACUCAUCUUGUCUUAUUUGAAUGAGAAAAACAGGCCGUACAGCGCUCAGGAUGUGUUCGGUAACCUGCAGAAACAACACGGCCUCGGAAAAACGGCAGUGGUGAAGGCCAUGGAGCAGCUGGCACAAGAUGGUCGGAUCAGAGAGAAGGUCUACGGGAAGCAGAAGAUCUACUUUGCAGACCAGUCUCAGUUCGCCGAUGUAAGCGAUGCGGAACUGAAGCAGAUGGACCGCAGUAUUUCAGAGCUCAACAGCCAGGUGGAGGCGGUGAUGCAGAGCUGCAGGCAACUUGAUACAGAGCUGAAGGAGCUAAACAGCUCACUGACCACGGCGGAGAUGACGAUCCAGAUUAAGGAGCUGAAAGCCGAGUGCGAGGUCUCCAGAACCCGACUGCAAAAAAUCAAAUCAGCCACCGAUCACGUCACGCCUGAGGAGAGAGAGAAAGUGUGCAAAGAGAGAAGCUUGUACGUGAAGGAGUGGAAGAAACGCAAGAGACUGGCCACAGACAUGAUGGGAGCCAUUCUUGAGGGUUAUCCAAAAAGCAAGAAGGAAUUUCUGGAGGAGGUUGGAGUCGAAACAGACGAGGAACAUAAAGUGAAGAUUCCUGGAGUGUGAUAAGAUGGGGGGUGUGUGGAAAUCCCGUGACGUUAACGAGAGUGACUGACGGAGACGAGCGGAGGACGCUACUGAUAUCAUUUAUGAUGUACGUGGGUGGAGGAAAAAAAAACUGCACAGGAGCGUAAAUGAAGUCAACAUUAAACGUUUAUUUUUCCUGA